UCCUGGUAGCAGAGGUUGGUAAUUGUGGUACCAGUGCUGCAGGUCAUCCUGGUAGCAGAGGCUGGUACUUGUGGUACCAGUACUGCAGAUCAUCCUGGUAGCAGAGGCUGGUACUUGUAGUACCAGUGCUGCAGAUCAUCCUGGUAGCAGAGGCUGGUACUUGUGGUACCAGUACUUCAGAUCAUCCUGGUAGUAGAGGCUGGCACUUGUAGCACCAGUACUGCAGGUCAUCCUGGUAGCAGAGGCUGGCACUUGUAGCACCAGUACUGCAGGUCAUCCUGGUAGCAGAGGCUGGCACUUGUAGUACCAAUAUUGCAGGUCAUCCUGGUAACAGAGGCUGGCACUUGUAGUACCAGUACUGCAGGUCAUCCUGGCACAGAGAAAUUAUAUUUGUAGUGUCAAGUUUUAGUAUUGUAAGGCUCACAUAAGUGUCAGAUACUGAAAUAUAUAGUGACAACACUACGUUACUACAGUGUUAGAAAUAUAUAGUGACAACACUACGUUACUACAGUGUCAGAAAUAUGACAUUUUCAGUGUCGUCAUCAGUGUCAUAAAGUUGUUGUGUAAUAAUACUGUUACACAUCACUUUAACAUCUUACUGUUAUACAUCAGCCUAACAUCGUACUGUGUAACAUCUACUUAACAAGCUAAUGUUACACAUCAGCUUACAUUCUGCUGUGUUAACACUCAUCAUUGUGCUCUGCACAACAUUAUCUCUGAUUGUAUUAAGAACUUUUUCAUAAUUUAUGUUACAAAACUAUUUUGAAAACUUUAGCAAGAAAUAUUUAAAUUCAUGAACAGUAUUAGAGAACCAUUCAAGGUACCUGCUUUACUGCUGGUGAACUGCUUUUGAUCCAAGGAAUUGAAGAUAUCCUCCCAUUAUCGUAAUCAUCCAUGCUAUUCCUCAAGCACUGUAUAAUGUAGAUUUAGAACUUGGUCAUGUUUAUAAUUAUGUAAUUAUAGAGUAUUAGAGAAAUGUUGGUUUUCACUGUAAUGAAAUGGUAACAAAAUUUGCAUCUGUUCAAGCAUUUUAAGAUUUAUUUAUAAGAUUAUUAACCCCUUUCACUGUCUCAUCCAUAGAUCUUUGUUAUUGACCACAGUGUCACGUAGAUCUAAAUUACUGAUGCAGGUGUCGCUCAUAUAGAUUUGUUUUGAGCACAACAAUCUCAGAUAUACUGUGAGCAGUAUAUUUUGGCCUAAACAUGAGAGAACGGGUCUGUGCAGUGGGCGUGAACAGUAUAAAAAAAAAUCAUACCCCAUGCAGUGCAAGAUCGGAAAAGCAAACAUUUGACUUUGCUUUAAAAUAGACUCAGUUUUUUUCUAGGAUGGAUUUAUUGGCUCAUGGUAUCAAUUGAUAAACGAAGUCAUACUUGUGAAAGAGAUUAUUUUGGUAAGUAGCUGAAGUAGAGUUUUGAAAGUAGCUUGAGAUAGGGUUUCAAGUAUCAUAAAUAUUACUUCUUUUAUUUCCCAUAAAACAGACCCUCCUGGUCUGUUUUAUGGGUUUUUACUAGGUCUGCCUCAUUUAUUGGGAUACCAUAAACCAUGACAAUCAUUCCUGGUUAUAUUUUAUUACAAAUACAAAUGUUUAUUUCUAUUAUUAUAUUAGAAAUAGGGUAAAACUUCAAUUUUUUUUUUGUUUGAUGAUGGAUUCCAGUUCCUGGAAUGCACAUGGUUUUUAUUUUUAUUCUCUUUAAUGUGUUUUAAAUCAGAUUUUUUUUUUUUUUUUGUAUAAUUGUCCAAAUUACCAUCUUCUCUGUACUUUAGAUAGUGCAAAAUAAGUAAGAAUUUCUUCAAAAUGAGCAAUGAAAUUGGCUUAAAAUAGGACUCAAAGUGGGCAAAAUUGCUAGGCAUAAAAUGCUCCCAGAUUUUUAACUUUGCACCUGAAUAAUUUCUUGUUUGUCAACAAAUUUCAAGUUUUUGGUGUUUACCUUAAGAAAAAUAUUCUCUACUGUUUUAGCAUUUUUAAUUUUGUGGUCAUGACCAAGAAAGGAUUGAGUCAUUGUUCACUAUGUCUAAAAUACUUGAAGAAAACUGUGUUCAAGCAACACACAUUACAGUUCAUGCAGAAGACAAACUGUAUCAGUAUUCACAGUCUCUGAAAUAUUCCUCACAAAAAUCUCAGUGUGUAUCACCGAUAACAGUUAAUGAAGAGAAAGAAGCAGCUCAGUGUUCAAUGUGUUUAAAAGAGUUUUCUAAAAACUUUUUAAUGAGACAUAUAAGAAUUCAUACCAGAGAAAAACAUCAGUGUUGUGUGUGUUUUAAAAACUUUGCAUGUAAAUCUAAGUUUGUGAAGCACAUGAGAAUUCAUACUGGAGAAAAACCAUAUAAAUGUUCAGAGUGUUUAAAAGAAUUUUCAUAUAAAUAUGGUUUAGCAGAGCACAUGAGAAUUCAUACUGGGGAGAAGCCAUAUCAAUGUUUAGAGUGUUUAAAAGAAUUUUCACAUAAAUCUAGUUUAGUACAACACAUGAGAAUUCACACUGGAGAGAAGCCAUAUCAGUGUUCAGAGUGUCUAAAAGAGUUUUCAUAUAACUCUAGUUUACUACUACACCUGAAAAUUCACACUGGAGAGAAAUCAAAUCAGUGUUCCGAGUGUUUAAAAGAGUUUUCCUUAAAAUCUCAUUUAGUACAGCACAUGAGGAUACAUACUGGAGAGAAACCCUAUCAAUGCUCAGAGUGUCUAAAAGAAUUUUCUAAUAAAUCUAAUUUAGUAAAACACAGGAGAAUUCACACUGGAGAGAAACCAUUUCAAUGUUCAGAGUGUCUAAAAGAGUUUUCCUUAAAAUCUCUCUUAAUAGUGCACAUGAGAACUCAUACUGGAGAGAAACCCUAUCAAUGUUCAGAGUGCCUAAAAGAAUUUUCAGAUAAAUCCAGUUUGGUAAAACACAUGAGAAUUCACACUGGAGAGAAACCAUAUCAAUGUUCAGAGUGUCUUAAAGAAUUUUCUAGAAAAUCUCAUUUAGUACGACACAUGAGAAUUCAUACCAAUGAGAAACCAUUUAGGUGUUCAGAAUGUCUAAAAGAGUUUUCCAGAAAAUCUUAUUUAGUAAAACACCUGAGACUUCAUGAUAGUUAGAAAUACCAGUGUUUAGUUUCUAAAUGUUUUCUCACAAAAAAUAAAAUUGAUUGAAAAACAUAUGAAACCAUAUGGGAGGGAAAUCUUACCAAUGGACAGUGUUAUUCAAAGACAUUAUAGUAUGAGAUAGUAGCAUGAAUGAAAAUUACUUGUGACAGAAAUUGAGUUAAUCUUUCAGAUGUUUAAAUGAUCAUUGACACAAUUCUAAAUUAGCUCUACAUAUGAAUAGUCAUUCAAGAAAGUUUUCUUUGUCAUUAAAUUAGCAAUAUUCAUGCAACAAAGCUUUUCUUGAUGUUGGUAAAUUAGUAGCAUUCAUUCAAGAAAGCUUUUCUUUUUAUCAUUAAAUUAGCAGUAUUCAUGCAAGAAAACUUUUCUUUGUGUCA